CAAUACCUUGGUUUGAGCACACACAAAGCUAACCGGGGAGAAUUAAAGAAAGGAAAGAAAAAACAAGAAUUGAAGAAACAAGUUAUUACAGAUUUUUGCGUCGACGUGUGAACAUCGUUUUGUAGCCGAGUGUCAAAAAAUAAUUAUUUAAAAAUUUCAAGGCAUAAAAUAGAACAUUUAAAAAAAUAAGAUCUUUUUAUAAAGUUUUGAAAUAUUCUGAAAAUAAAAACUUUUCAUCAAAUGGAAUAAGAAAAAACUAAUGUUACGAAAAAUAAAUAAAUAAAAACCUUAAAUUAAAAAAAAAAAUAAAUAAAUAAGAGACAAUUUAAGUGACAAAAAAAAUUAAAAAUAUUAAGUUCAGUGAAAAAUAUUAAAAAUGGCAAGUUUAGCACAUCCUCAUCAAGUCUAUGGUUUUGGAAUACCAAACGGAUUAGAAAUUCCAUCCGUUGGUGAUUUCGCAUCACAUAAUAAUCAUAGUCCGAACGAUUCACACCUUAAACGAAAUGGACUAUCAUUUUCCUCAUCAAUUGGACAUCAGCAACAUGCAAUGAUGAAUAAUGGAAUGGGACAGGCACAAGGACAAUUAGGAGGUCCUGGUCAAGAUGGACAUAUUAAAAGACCAAUGAAUGCCUUUAUGGUUUGGUCAAGAAUGCAACGUCGCCAAAUUGCAAAAGAUAAUCCAAAGCUUCAUAAUUCUGAGAUCUCAAAAAGAUUAGGCGCAGAAUGGAAACUCUUAACAGAAAUGCAGAAACGUCCCUUUAUUGAUGAAGCGAAACGUCUGAGAGCACUUCAUAUGAAAGAGCAUCCAGAUUAUAAAUAUCGUCCACGAAGAAAACCAAAGAAUCCAUUGGCUCAGCAAUCACAGAAUCUUUCACUUUCAAUGCAGCAACAAGCCAAACAAUCAGCUCUUCAAAAUUCUUACAAUCCGUUCCACCCACAAUUACCCCCAUAUUUUGCAGCUGCAUCACAUCCCUUAGAUCAGCACUAUUCCGUUCCAUACUUCAGUGGUUUUGAUCCCCUUGCAUUAUCAAAAUUAUCAGCCCAAACAAAUAAUAAUCACCAAACAACGAAUGCCAAUACAAUGAUGAACCAAUCACACCAUCAAUCAAUGGAAUCAACAAAAAUUGCGACAUCAACACCACAAUCGUUAGUUGGAUCGUUUUAUUCAGGUCUUUAUAAUAAUAUAACAUCACCUGCAGCUGCACUCUAUUCACAAAUGCAUUCAAAUGCCGUCGCUGGAAUGUAUACACCAUCAUCAACGUCAUCAACAUCCCCUGGUUCAAGUCCAAGUACAGGAUCACAAUCGGCUUUACCUGAGCUCGAUUCAUCAUCACUUCGACGACCUGUUCCUGUUCUAUAUUAAUUAACGAUGCGUAGACGAUAUUUGAAUUUUAAUUCAGGGUGAUUAUUGUAAAAAAUAAAAAAGAAAAUCUAAUAGUUUCUCUUAUGUUUUUCGUAAAUUUUCGAAAUAAGAAAAUUAUUUAGAUUAAGUAAGUGUUAUUGACUCUAAAUAAUUGUACUAUAUAGUAAACAUUAAUGAUAGAUACACCUCAAAUGAUAGUUUCAAAAAAUAAGAAAAUGUUUGAUUGAUUAAAUUUGCCACGAUGGAAUAUAGUUUAACAGUUUUCUACUUAACAUUUUCUUUGGAGAUCAUUUAAUUUACAUCCAUCAUAUUCACAAAAACAAACGCUAAAUUAAAAGUUCUUCCCAUAUUCUAUACAGAAAUUCAUGAAUACAGUUUAAUUAAGAAACUUAUUUUCUCACAUCAUUGUGUAAAUAAAGGUGAUAAAUAGAUUAAUUUAGUUGAAUGCUAAUAAAUAGAUUUAUAUAAGCAAAUAAUUUUUAUGAAUAUCGAAUUAUUAUAUUUUUUUCAAUUUUAAAUAGCUGC